GGUCUGUCUGGCAGCCUUUUCAUGCACUGGGAGUCUGUCCAGCCUCCUGUCGGCUGGGAUCAGCUCCAGCACCCAGCGACCCUUUGCUGCAUAAGCGAUCUAGAUAAUGGAUGGAUGUUGCUAUUAGGGACUUGGGGUGAUAUCUUACAAAGAAGAGGUGGAGGGGGGACCCCACAGUAGCAGCGAAAAAGCAUAAUGGCUGCAAUAAAUAAUUUUGUACCUUGACGUCUCAUUCGAAAGCUUUCAGGCUGGUUUUCACACAUAAAAUCCCCUUAGAGGAAAAAUAUAGAGGCCGCAUCAAAGCAGCAGUAAUGGAGAGUAUGAACUGCACAGACUCAGUAAGUUCACUGAGUUUAUCUUUUUUUUGUUUUUAAUUCUGCUUGUAAUAUGCAUGUAAUUAGUAUUGACGUUUAAACAAUAUGCUUAUUUCCAUCCAGGUGGAUGAUGCACAGGCUGCAGUACGUGACAUUACGAUAUAGACCUCACUGCAGAUAAACAUGAAGAGUGUGGUGGUAUUACAUCUAUUUUAGGAGGCUAUUUGAACUGAACUGGAAUAGGUCCGCGUCUAUCUCCCAACUGCAUGUGGAGUGAGUGGGCUUGACUGGAAUAAAUCUUUCAGAACAGCCUAAAGCCAACUGGCACUCAUCAUACAUAAUGUAAUGGUUCAUCAUGUUGCCCAUCUGCUAAAAUUGUAUUUCACAUUCCGGGCCUAAUACCUCCUGCUUAUCAGCUGUGAGGCUGUAUGUUCCAGAUAAACGGCGGUGAAAGCUCUGUUCGGCCGGCGCUCGGCCGGCAGCUGCUCUCCUGCUGCGGCUCCUCGCCGUGACUUUAUUCUCACGCCUCUGCUGCUUUAAUCCACGUUUAGUCCUGUUUCCACGAGGCUGAACUAUUACACAGUAGUACACUGUAGGUAUGUGAUGUGCCAACAGAUGCUUUAUCAGGAGCCCAGGGCACUAAACGGUGGUACUAAUGGACACAAUGCUGUAAUUUACUACAAUACAGGUUCAAAGGUAUUUAUAUUUAUCUCUACUAAAUAGAAACAAAUAUAAAUAUUAUUUCUGUAUAUUUUUCAUUUUUUUCCUGUGUCCAGGUUUUGUACUUUCCCAGCAGGUUAAAGUCACUUGGCCUGUUGCAAAUGUUUGUCCCUGACAAAUGUCUGGUAGCGGCGGCUCCUUGUUUGCUCACUAACUAAUGAUUAGUUUGGGGGAUUCUCUUCCCUUAAAUGGCCCAGUGUUGAACCUGCUCAACAGCUGCCUGGUUGAUUCGCCUGUGAAGAAGACCAUGAAUGCCCGUCGGACCCUCGCCGCCCUUUGCUGGGCCUGUUUCUUCCACGGCGCCCUGUCCUGCCCGGCUCUGUGCCAAUGCUAUGCCCGGAGACGCGAGGUGGUCUGCAGCGAGGCCCCGCUGACCCAGUAUCCCUCCGAGGGCCUGCCCCGGGACACGGCCAUGCUGACGGUCCAGUUCACCAACGUCUCCUCCGUCUCGGAGCGGCAGCUCGGCGCCACCCCCCUGCUGGAGGAGCUGCACCUGUACUCCAACCGCCUGCGCAGCCUCUCGCCCCACCUCCUCAGAGGCGCCCCCAGACUCAACACUCUGGAUCUGACGGGGAACAACCUGACCGACCUGCCCGCGGACGUCUUCAGCCCAGCCCCCCGGUGCAGCCUGGUGCUGAAGAACAACCGCCUCCACAAAGCGGACGCUGAGUGGUUCCCUGGCAACAGCAGCCUCACCUGGCUGGAUUUAUCUGGGAACCGGCUGACGGGCGUCCCGGGCGCUCUGCUGCAGAAGCUGCCCCACCUGGAGAACCUGGACCUUUCCAACAACAACCUGGAGAAGAUCCCCGCGGGUUCUCUGGACCCGCUGUCCAAACUGGAACGGCUGAACUUGCACAACAACAAGCUGCGCACGCUGGAGGACUCCGUCCUCCGCGGAGCGCGCAACCUCACCUACCUGUUCCUCUCACGGAACAAGCUGAGCGCGCUUCCCCAGAAGCUCUUCCAGGAGCUGUCUCAGCUCAGAAUCCUGAACCUGGAGGACAACCAGCUGAGUCACGUCCCCGCAGGUUUGCUGGACCGGCUCCGCUCUCUGGACGAGCAGGGGCUGGACCUCGCCUCCAACCCCUGGCUGUGUGAUGGGCGGCUGGAGUACCUGUGGAGGUGGCUCCAGGAGAACAAGGAGAAGGUUUUCCUGCCCGACGCCGUCACAUGUGCUGGACCUCCGGAGCUGUCGGGGCGCUCGGUCCUGUCGCUGACGGAGAGUGACCUAAAACUUUAGUCCUCCAGUGAUUUCCCGACAUUGUUUAUCUAAUCUAUCAUCCAUCCAUCUGUUUUCCACCGCUGAACCUGUGGGGGGGUGGAGCCCAUCCCAGCAGGCUGAGGGGGGAGGCGGGGUUCACCCUGAACAGGUCGCCAGCCUAAUCUAACAGUGUUUGUAAUUAAACAUUAGUGCAAUAAAUGGAAUGCUC